AUGGCCUCUGUAGACGAGCUUAAAGCUCUGGGCAACAAGGCUAUUGCCGACAAGAAGUUUGACGAUGCUAUUGAUGCCUUCACCAAGGCUAUCUCUAUCGACCCAAACAACCACAUUCUUUACAGCAACCGAUCCGCUGCUUACGCCUCUAAAAAGGACUGGACAAAUGCUUUAAAUGAUGCCGAGAAGACUACCCAGAUUAAACCAGACUGGCCGCGAGGAUGGGGUCGCAAGGGCGCAGCCCUGCACGGUUCCGGCGACCUUCUAGGUGCCAGCGACGCCUACGAGGAGGGUCUCAAGCACGAUCCUAACAACGCCGGUCUAAAAAGUUCUCUUGCCUCCGUUCAGCGAGCCAUGGAGCAAGAUGCCGGCGCUGGUCUCGGUGGUGAUCCUACAGGUGGAAUCGGCAAGAUGUUUAGCGACCCUAAUCUCCUCCAGAAGCUAAUGAGCAAUCCUAAGACCAGCGGUUUUUUUGCUGAUCCAUCCUUCAUCUCAAAGAUUCAGACCCUACAGCAGAAUCCACAGAACACACAGGAGUUGUUCAGCGAUCCUCGAAUGAUCCAGGUAUUAGGAGUCCUGAUGGGCAUCGACAUGAAUAUGGGAGGCCCAGAUGACAUCCCGGGCGCUGCUGCUGCCGCCUCUUCAUCUGGCGCUAAAGAGGCAGAGGAGGACGUUGAAAUGCCAGACUAUACUCCAGCCAAUUCCAAACCAGAGCCAGCCAAGGCCCCCGAGCCCGAGCCUGAGCCAGAAGUGGACGAGGAAGAGCUCGCCAAGAAAAAGGCAAAGGAAGAGGCCGACAAGGAAAAAGCAUUGGGUACCGAAAAUUACAAGAAGCGUAACUUUGACGAGGCUAUAAAGCACUAUACUAAGGCUUGGGAAUUGCACAAGGACAUAACCUACCUCAACAAUCUCGGCGCCGCUCAAUUCGAAAAGGGUGACUACCAAGCCUGCAUCGAUGCUUGCACUAAGGCUAUCGAAGAGGGUCGUCAGAUAUAUGCUGACUUUAAGAUGAUUGCCAAGUCAUACGCGCGCAUCGGUACAGCCUACGAGAAGCUAGGAGACCUCGCAGCAGCGAUUGAAAAUUAUCAGAAGUCCCUGACCGAGCAUCGAACACCCGAUACUGUGAAUAAGCUCCGCGCUGCCGAGCGUAGAAAGAUCGAAGAAACUCGGAAGUCCUACGUCGACCCGGAGAAGGCCGAGGAAGCUCGCGAGGAAGGUAAUAAGAAGUUCAAGGAGCAAGAUUUCCCCGGAGCUGUUGCGGCUUACUCGGAGAUGAUCAAGCGUUCUCCGGACGAUCCUCGUGGAUAUAGCAACCGCGCCGCCGCCUUUAUUAAGUUGUUCGAGUUUCCAAGCGCUCUCGAGGACUGUAACGCGGCUAUCAAGAAGGACCCUAAGUUUAUUAGGGCGUAUAUUCGCAAGGCGCAGAUUUACUUCGGCAUGCGUGAAUACUCUAGAUGUAUCGAUGCUUGCAACGAGGCUACUACAGUGGAUAGCGAGCACCAUAACAACGCUAACGCACGGGAGAUUGAGCAGCAGCAGCAGAAGGCUCUGCAGGCUAUGUACUCUGCCCGAGAGAAUGAGACAGAGGAUCAGACUCGGGAGAGAUUGAUGAAAGACCCUGAGAUCAUGAGUAUCAUGCAAGAUCCUGUCAUGCAAUCUAUCCUACAGCAAGCCCAAUCCGACCCCGCGGCGCUGCAGGAACAUAUGCGUAACCCGAACGUUCGUUCUAAAAUCCAGAAGCUGAUUGCGGCCGGCGUGAUUCGAGUUGGACGAUGA